GGCGACGUCUGAAUCGGUCCUGCAGUUGUGCGCGGCGCUCUACUCCGGCAUCUUCCCGUGGGAAACGCCGUGAUGUGGAUCAAACGAAGGACUGGCGGAACUUGGGAGGAUCUCCGGCUGUGUGACGACGAGACGGAAGACUACUUCCGUGACAAGUUGCGUAUGUCCAGGGCUGUCUUCAUGCAGAUUGUUGCCACAUGCGCCGCUCACGUCGAGAAGAAGGUCACACAUUACAGGAUGACAUUGCCUGUGGAGCAGGUCAUUGCUUUCGCAUUGUAUAGGUGGGCCUCCGGGGAGACGUUCGAGAGUGGCACGUCAGCCUUCGGCAUCGGCAGGGCCACUGGACAGCAGGCCGUCGGCGAUAUAACUUCAGCGCUGUUGAAGGCGUACCCCGAAUCCAUUAAGUGGCCUGUUGGGCGUCGACAUGAGCAGAUACUGUGGGAUUUUCGGGAGAAGGGUUUCCCUAACUGCUUCAGCGCAAUCGACUGCACGCACGUGUACAUUGACAAGCCCACCGGUGCGCCGUCGGAUAACUACUACGACAUCAAACAGAAGUUCUCCGUUCCAGCGCAGGUGGUAGUCGAUUUGGAUCUGUAAAGCGGCGAGCUUUUCGACGCCCCUCCGGAGAAUCUGCCACACGGUGUCGUGACGAGAGGUUACCUUCUCGGCGACAACGGGUACCCCGUUGCCUGUCCAUUGAUCGUCCAGCCGUACGGAGGAAUCGAGCAGCGUCCUGACGAGGAACGUUUCGACACGCGACAGAAGGUGGCGCGGGGGUGUGUGGAAAGGGCGUUCGUGCAGUUGAAGUGCAUAUGGCAUCUAUUGCUGCGCACCCACAAAACGCCCUUGGAGACCUUGCCGCAGCAAUUCGUCGCUGUAUGCACUCUCCACAACAUCCUCCUGGACGCGUGGAUCGAGUUCGACGAGAACCUGCUGUGGGACGUGGAUGAAAACGGCGUCCGACGUAGAGUGGAGUUGGGUAUGGUGGGAAACGGCGCGGGCGGGAGGCAACAAAGCAUGAACGUCGAUGGGAACCUGUUGAGGGAUGCAUUUCGAGACCGUUUGGCUUUGAUGUAGGUGCGUGCAACUGCGGGGUGUGGGUCGUGAAGAACGUGGGAGCGCCACGUUCGGUAUGGUGGGCGGCACAGUAGGGUUGAUGUCAUCGAUGAUUAGCCUACCGUGGGAUGGUUGUCGUCCAGUGGUCCACGAUCGACGACGUCAAGUUCGCGGGUGCCGUGUGUCGCCAUUAGUCGUUGCACGAUUUAGGGUUGGUUUGUGUUGCGCCUCCGGAGGGAGUGCGGUCUUUCACUAGCGAUGUCGUGCCAUUUAGCUGUUGUUUAGAGUAGAUGGUCUCCAACCUUACAUGACGGGACAUGCGUUUUCUAAUUCAUUUUGAGUUGAUGAUUAGCUUGAAGUGCUGGAAUGGUUUGCAGCGGUUCGUUAUCCAUGUGCUUACUGUGAGCUCUGAAAUAGAUGAUAAAGUUGACAAGUUGGAAUGGGUUGCAGUCGUUCAUUGUCGGUCGUCGCAUUGAAAAGGUUGUCUCAUUUUGCCGUUGCCGUUUCUUCUCUUUGAUUAAGAAAACUUGCAUCAGAAGUUGUUAAUUAACAAUUGUUGUCUUCAAUUAGCGAAUGAUGUAUUCCAGUUUCAUGAUCCACAUGCUCUCGUCAUUUAUUCACACUUUCCUUUUACACCAAAAAUAAAAUAAAAUCAAUGCAAUGCAAUGUU